ACUAUGCAGAUCUCUUGGACUGUGUGCUCUAUCUGUGUCCUAAUCCAAAUUGCUGUACACUCAGUAGAAGCGUGGCAAGUGUUUAAAAAUGAUGCUACAGAAAUCAUCCCUGAGAUCCCUGAAAAUACAGAAACACCAGUGGAGCAAACUAACAGCAACAACAACACAAUGAACCAGGCAAAACACGGGGGAAGACAGCCACAGCCGUCUCUGGAACCAAAUGAUGCCUCAGAUUUCAGCUGCAGAGAGCUGCGCUACACACGGUAUGUCAUUGAUGGGCCCUGCCGCAGCUUCAAGCCCAUAAAGGAGCUGGUCUGCUCAGGCCAGUGUUUCCCCUCCCACCUCCUCCCUAACUCUAUUGGCAGAGGAAAGUGGUGGCGCCAGAAUGCCCUGGAUUACCGCUGCAUUCCCGCACACGCUCGCACUCAGCGCAUCCAGCUGGCCUGCCCCCAGGAAGAGACUCGGACUUACAAAAUCCGAGCUGUCACCGCAUGUAAAUGCAAGCGCUACACUCGCUACCACAACCAGUCUGAGCUGAAGGACUUCGGGAAGGAAACCAUCAGGCCUCAGAAGAACAAGAAGCCUCGUCUCUCCAGAGCAAGGGGUAGCAAAUCCAACCAGCCUGAACUAGAAAAUGCCUAUUAGAAAGUUCCUUCUGAGAGGUACAACCCAACAGCUCUGGAUAUUUUGCAUUUCAUCAAAUGGCAGAGACAGACAGGCCACAGAGUAAGGUUCUGAAUGCAGUGGAAACCCAUUCCUCCUGCAACACUAGGUCAAGGGCUCGCAUAGUCAAAACCCAUCAGAUUCUAACAGCUGUGGUCUGAUGAAAGAGAGAAAUUGAGCUGGUGGGAGCAGCACCUAAAUUCAAUCUGAAAGGAGAGUUAGCCUGGGAAUUUGUAUGGGGUUUUGUGGUGUGCACACUAAGGAAGGCAGAGGAAGCAAAGGUAUCAUGGUGACUGUUCCAUAUAUUACACUUUGCAAGAUGUCAUUAUCCUUACUUUGUCUGAACAGAGCCCUGAAAGCCCUCUCAAAACCGUUUCAGGCAGGAUAAGAACGAGAGUAGAGAAACAACAGGAGAAGAGUCAGAAAGCUUUGACUGAGUUUUAGGAAGUAGCAACAGAAGAUUAAGUAUCAGAGGGUAGCCGUGUUAGUCUGGAUCUGUAAAAGCAGCA